AUGGCUGCCAACGAUCAGCAGUCCGAUAUGCUUGAAGCUCUACAGGAGAUUCAGCGCACUCAAGCCCUACUCGUUAAUGCGGUCGAAUCACUUUCGGGUAGAUCGAUCGAGGAUACUUCUGGAGACCAGGCCAAGAACAACAUUCUUGAUCUCGGUUCUCGUGAGGAUGGCGAGGGGGAAACGCCUUCAGUAGAAGUUCCUGUUGCUUCUGGGGACAAAUUGAAAGCUCCUGCGCCCCCUUCUGAAGGACAGCGCCAGCAAACCUUCACUUCGCGCAUUAUUCUAACGACUUACCCAAAGCAGAUUGGAAUUAACCCUUUGCCUAUGGACUGGGGAAACUCAGACCCCGUUAAGCGUGGCCCAAUCGUAGUUUCAAGGGCUGGUUCUACUAUUCGACGUCGUAAUGCUGUUGGAGCCCAUGGUGGUUCGUACUCGAUUUACUACGCCCUUGCAGUCGCCAGCAACGAAUUGAACGCCGAUCACCGACCCGACUUCACCAACACCGAGCCGGCCGCCAACAUUGGUCCCUUUCCUCAAUGGGGAGACCACAAGAAGAUUGUUGCCAUGGAUCCCUGGGGACAUCUUGCUCCAUGGCUGUUCAAGGACACCAUUGAGAAAGACAAUGUCGACAUUCGACCGACUAUUGCCAUCACCAAAGCUCACAUGAAGCUACCUGAACUCGCAGAGAGUGUGAAGGCCGGUCGAUUGGUGCCUGAUGGUAAAGUCUGCCUGAACGAUCAGGGUGAAUUGGCAGUCACGAAAUUUGCGGUCGAGCCGGUCUGGUACCUGCCUGGCGUAGCAGAACGAUUUGGUAUCGAUGAGGCGACUCUUCGACGUUCGCUGUUUGAACAUACUGGUGGAAGUUAUCCAGAGCUCAUCACUCGUGGAGACAUCAAAGUCUUCCUCCCACCUAUUGGUGGUCUUACCGUCUACUGUUUCGGAGACCCAGCAAAGAUGUCGGACGAGUCGGUUCGAUUGUCUCUUCGAAUUCACGACGAGUGCAACGGUAGCGACGUAUUCGGAUCAGAUAUUUGCACUUGCCGACCGUACUUGAUCUUCGGUAUCGAGGAAGCCGUCAAGGAGGCACAGAACGGUGGUAGUGGUGUUGUCAUCUACUUUAGAAAGGAAGGCCGAGCCUUGGGAGAAGUGACCAAGUAUUUGGUCUACAACGCCCGUAAACGCGGAGCUGAUCGCGCAUCGGACUACUUCAAGAGGACCGAGAACAUUGCCGGUGUUAAGGACAUGCGAUUCCAGGCUCUCAUGCCUGACAUUCUGCACUGGCUAGGCAUCAAGAAGAUUGACAGGAUGCUGAGCAUGAGCAACAUGAAGCAUGAUGCGAUUGUCGGACAAGGAAUUCCGAUUCACGAAAGAGUCGAGCUUCCUGAGGAGCUGAUACCAGCCGAUUCGAGAGUCGAGAUUGACGCAAAGAUCACAGCAGGUUACUUUACCACCGGUAAACGUAUGACAACCGAAGAGCUGCAGGCGGUCCAAGGAAGAAUAUGGGAAGACUUUGAUCAUUAA